GAAUUAAAGGGUCAAGCUACUAAGAUAUUAGGAUCUAUAGAUGUUUUAGGUAAUCCCCUGGGGUUUGUUAACGACGUGACGGAAGGUAUCUCCGGGUUGAUAAAAGAUGGUAACGUCACUGGGUUGUUUAAAAACGUCACCCAUGGGGUUUCUAAUACUGCUGCUAAGAUGACAGGUGCGUUAUCCGACGGGUUCGCCUCAGUUUCAAUGGAUGAUGAUCACAUGAAACAACGAGAUGAAUUACGUCACAUUGAGACUGGACAGAGUCGAGCUCACCUACUGGCAGGAGUUAAGGGCCUUGGUUAUGGUAUAUUAGGUGGUUUAACUGGUCUUGUAACACAACCGUAUUCUGGGGCUAAGGAAAAAGGAAUCGGGGGAUUUUUUAAAGGAGCAGGAAAGGGAAUUGUUGGAACAGUUACUAAACCUGUCACAGGUGUUUUAGAUUUUACAUCUGGGGUGGCAAACGCUGUCCGUGAUAAAAGUCAGGUAUCUUCCAAACAACAUCCACCUCGUAGUCGAGAUCCUCGUGUCAGUCCUGGUAUACAUGGAGUUAUCUCCACCUACAGUCCCUCGCUAGCUCGAGCUCAACUACAUCUUUAUAAUCUCAACAACAAUAAUCAUAAUGAAUAG